AUGCAGUCCUGGCUACCCGCAAAGCCGUACCCUCCGCCAGACCAGCCAGGCUACUGGCAACCACAUUCCGCGACGCUGCAAUGGUGCGAGGAAGACUACUACGCCAGCUACUACUGCGCCGAGAUAGUCAACACCUUGACCAACAUCCUCUUCGUCUAUCUAUCCUACAAAGGCGUCCAGUCAUGCUGGAAAUAUGGCCACGACACAGUCUUUGCCGUCGCAUACUUUGGCUACUUCCUGGUUGGGUUCGGCUCUUUCAUGUUCCAUGCGACAUUGAAGUACCCCUGGCAGCUCGUCGACGAGCUUAACAUGAUCUACACGACCUGCUUGAUGGCAUAUGCGUCCUUGUCAUACGCCCGGUCCGUCCGGACGCAGGUCCUGCUCGGCAUUUCGCUCACACUGCUCUGCAUCGGUAUUACCGUGUACUACCACCACAUCCAAGACCCCACCUUCCACCAGCAAGUAUACGCCGCACUGACGGUCUUCAUCGUCUUCCGCUCCGGCUGGAUCAUGGAGACCAGCCUACGCCCGUCCCUCCGCAAAGCCGCACCAAGGACCGCAGCAGAAGACGCCCGAGAUCGUGCAAUACUCAAGAACAUGUGGUUCUUCGUAGCCUACGGCCUAACCAUCUUCCUAUCCGGCUUCGCGAUAUGGGGCAUAGAUAAUGUCUACUGCGGCACGUUGCGGCGCUGGCGUCGACAGAUAGGCUUGCCGUGGGGUAUCUUGCUUGAAGGGCACGGCUGGUGGCACCUCAUGACUGGUGUUGGGGCUUAUUGUUAUAUCGUUUGGGGCAUACAUCUGAGGAGGGUGCUGAAUGGCGAGCAGGAUAAGUUUGUUAUGUUUUGGCCGAAUUUGUGGACGCUGCCUGAGAUUGUGAGAGUGGACAGUGCGGGGCCUGGGGCUGCGACUGUCAAGGAGAAUGGUAAGGUCACUGGAAAGGCGAGCGGUGGACUAGCAGCGAACGGAGAGCUGAAGAAGAGGAAGUAG